AUGCAAUUCAGCACUCUCUUCCUCGCCGCUGCAGCAGCAACUCUUGCCAGCGCUGUCAAAUUGACCAACUCCAACUUCGCCGUCACCGCCGGAACUCCUUUCAACAUCACUUGGUCAGAUGCCGAGGGACCCGUCACUCUUGUUCUCAAGAAUGGCCCAUCCACUGCUCUCACCACCGUCUCCACCAUCGGAAGUGGAUUGACCGGAACAUCCUACUCCUGGACUCCAUCAUCCAGCCUUGACACCGAUCUCUAUGCCAUUGAGAUCCAAGAUUCCACCAGCACACCAAACUACAGUCAACAAUUCCAAGUUUCAGGUGCUACUGCCGUUGCUUCAACUGUUACUGCUUCUUCCACAAGUGCUUCUUCCGCUUCAGGAUCUUCUACUUCUGGCACUUCCACAGAAUCUUCCACUGGUUCCUCCACUGGUACUUCCACUGGUUCUUCCACUGCCUCUUCUACUGGCUCUUCUACUUCAAACGGUACCUCAACUUCUGCUUCUUCUUCUCCUACUGCUAGCGGCAACAGCAGCACCACUCUCAGCGGUUCUAGCUCUGCCUCAAGAACCAGCGCAUCCUCAUCCAGAACUGCCUCAUCCAGCUCCACCGGUGGCACUGCAUCAGCAACCUCCGCCCCAACCUCAGCAGCUGCUGAGUUUGCUUCCCCACUCGCAUUCAUCUUCCUUGCAUUUGCAGCCAUCGUUACCCUUAAUUAA